CUCGCCAUGCUGGACCAGCCGGCCAACUUCAACAACGAUGACUUUGAGAUUCCCAUCUACCCCUCUUUCAACGAGUGACCCCACAUACACUCUUCCACUUACCUCCUCUGUCUCUCAAAUGUCUCCUUCUCUCUCAUUUGGUGCACUUUUGCUCUCUUUCUUCGCCUUUCGUGAUCCAAAGAGAGCAUGUCUAGUUAUCGCUCAGAUGAUUGUACUGCCAGGGUGGAGAAAGCGAGUUAAUCAGGGAAAAGAGAGAGUGAAAUCAAGUAUAGGUAUGCAAAUGCAGGUUCAAUAAACACGUGAAAGGGGGAGAGAGAGAGAAGAGAUUCAGGGUUCAGCGAUAGUUGGGCAAAUGUAAAAUGACAUCUGUAGCGAGCACUGCCCAAGCUCCACAGCCAGUGGAUUUGUUGUAGAGAUGUAACACACCUGAGCAUGCACAAGGCCCUGAGGCAGGCACUGCUUCACCAGUAACACACAAACAUGGCCUUUCACUAACCGAGUCAGCUGUGUGUUUAGAUCUAUGCUGCUCCACUGGUCUGUACAUCAUAUGGAUAGAUCAGUCCAAUCAUUCACUUGAAGUCUCAGGCAAUCCAGGUGAUCUACAGCUUUGGGGGAAUAUGUGGGAAUAUAUAUAUAUAUAUGGGAAUAUUCUGAUCUGAAGCCUGUGAAUAUCCUCUAUCUGCUCCCCUCGCUGUUUUAGCUUAGCAACCCGUAGCAUGUUCAAAAGGACACUGUCCUCACGCAGGCAGAUUUAUACGAACACUGUACAAACACUUUUAUAUUUGUACAUUGACGAUGUCACCUAUGAAUGUGGUUAUGUUGGUUUCAGGUGGAAAAGAGGGAGAGAUGUCUAUGACUAGUGAAGGGAGGAGGUUGAGAGAGAUGUCUAGGACUAGUGAAGGGAGGAGGUUGAGAGAGAUGUCUAGGACUAGUGAAGGGAGGAGGUUGAGAGAGAUGUCUAGGACUAGUGAAGGGAGGAGGUUGAGAGAGAUGUCUAUGACUAGUGAAGGGAGGAGGUUGAGAGAGAUGUCUAUGACUAGUGAAGGGAGGAGGUUGAGAGAGAUGUCUAUGACUAGUGAAGGGAGGAGGUUGAGAGAGAUGUCUAUGACUAGUGAAGGGAGGAGGUUGAGAGAGAUGUCUAGGACUAGUGAAGGGAGGAGGUUGAGAGAGAUGUCUAGGACUAGUGAAGGGAGGAGGUUGAGAGAGAUGUCUAGGACUAGUGAAGGGAGGAGGUUGAGAGAGAUGUCUAUGACUAGUGAAGGGAGGAGGUUGAGAGAGAUGUCUAUGACUAGUGAAGGGAGGAGGUUGAGAGAGAUGUCUAUGACUAGUGAAGGGAGGAGGUUGAGAGAGAUGUCUAGGACUAGUGAAGGGAGGAGGUUGAGAGAGAUGUCUAGGACUAGUGAAGGGAGGAGGUUGAGAGAGAUGUCUAGGACUAGUGAAGGGAGGAGGUUGAGAGAGAUGUCUAUGACUAGUGAAGGGAGGAGGUUGAGAGAGAUGUCUAGGACUAGUGAAGGGAGGAGGUUGAGAGAGAUGUCUAUGACUAGUGAAGGGAGGAGGUUGAGAGAGAUGUCUAUGACUAGUGAAGGGAGGAGGUUGAGAGAGAUGUCUAGGACUAGUGAAGGGAGGAGGUUGAGAGAGAUGUCUAGGACUAGUGAAGGGAGGAGGUUGAGAGAGAUGUCUAUGACUAGUGAAGGGAGGAGGUUGAGAGAGAUGUCUAUGACUAGUGAAUGGAGGAGGUUGAGAGAGAUGUCUAUGACUAGUGAAGGGAGGAGGUUGAGAGAGAUGUCUAUGACUAGUGAAGGGAGGAGGUUGAGAGAGAUGUGUAUGACUAGUGAAGGGAGGAGGUUGAGAGAGAUGUCUAUGACUAGUGAAGGGAGGAGGUUGAGAGAGAUGUCUAUGACUAGUGAAGGGAGGAGGUUGAGAGAGAUGUCUAUGACUAGUGAGGGGGAGAGAGAUGUCUAUGACUAGUGAGGGGGAGAGAGAUGUCUAUGACUAGUGAGGGGGAGAGAGAUGUCUAUGACUAGUGAGGGGGAGAGAGAUGUCUAUGACUAGUGAAGGGAGGAGAGAUGUCUAUGACUAGUGAGGGGGAGAGAGAUGUCUAUGACUAGUGAGGGGGAGAGAGAUGUCUAUGACUAGUGAAGGGGAGAGAGAUGUCUAUGACUAGUGAAGGGGAGAGAGAUGUCUAUGACUAGUGAAGGGGAGAGAGAUGUCUAUGACUAGUGAGGGGAGAGAGAUGUCUAUGACUAGUGAGGGGGAGAGAGAUGUCUAUGACGAGUGAGGGGGAGAGAGAUGUCUGACUAGUGAGGGGGAGAGAGAUGUCUAUGACGAGUGAGGGGAAGAGGGGGAUAUGAAACUACAACCUGAUGUAUUCCUACAUAUACCCAGUAUAUAAGUCAAGUGUUUAUAUACGGUUAUCUGUCUACUGGAGGUGUUUGUAUAACUUUAUUGAUCUCAACCUGAAUGCACAGCAAUCCCAGGGUCCCUUUCUCACUCGUUUGUAUUCCUUCCUGUGUUGCCCAGGGUUACCCAGCACACUCUUCCUCCUCUCACACUCUUCCUCAAUCACCCUCCCAAGUGUGCUUUCUCUUCUACUUACACUAGGAAAAGAAAAUGAAAAGAAGACAUUGGAAAGCAAUAAUUUACAAGCAGGAAUGAUGUUAUUUUUUAAAGCCAUUCUUUAUUGUUGUCCUACAUGUUUUUAUCUUGAUUAUUGUUCUUGAAUAUGGAAAUACACAGGAAAUAGUAAUGAUUUUAUUGACUGAUGUUUUUAUUUUCUGGCAUUUUGAUUGGCUCUUCCUGUUUUGUAGCCAUCUCCAUUGCUACUUCGUGAUAGGUUGUUUUUGAUGUAUAUUGAUCAGGGCAUCUUGUUCAGGACAGAAAGGUCUUGUUUAGAACUGACAAGAUUCCUCAUUCAACAUGACACAGAAUCAUGCCAUGAUGUUUGGCCUGAAAUUCAAGUCAUUCUUAUCAUGUUCCAAACACAUGAGCCAAUAAUCCAUUUAGCAGUUGAUGUUGAUUGUGAGUUUGGCAAAUUAACACAGUUUUUCUUUUUCUUUUUUUGCAGUAGAUUCAAUCAAAGUUCAUCCUUAUCGAGAUAGUUUGACAUUCAUAAAUAUGAUCUGAAUCAAACAUUUGUUUUCUGAAAUCAAUUGUGAUGUUUAGUAAGUCACUAUAACACUCUUAUACAGGGAAUUAUUAAGAAUUCUGAUUGGGCAACAGAGGGCUGUGAAUUUUAAGGUUCGGAAAUACAUUUUUUAAAAUUGUGUAGGUCUUUCAUUUGAAGUCUGAUAAUGUAUACAUGUCUGUGAGAGUAAUUCACAGACUUGCCGAAACAUGUCAAUUGUAUGUAAACCCAUCAUGUGUCAAUAGUCACAUGAUGAAAAUGGCAGUUUGAUGACUGUGUUGUCUUGUUAUUGUUUUAAACCACUUUGGUUGUUCCCUGUCCAGGUUUUUACAGUGACGUGAGCUGCAGUUUAUAUAGACGUGAGCUGCAGUUUAUAUAGACGUGAGCUGCAGUUUAUAUAGACGUGAGCUGCAGUUUAUAUAGCGCACACAGAUACACAAAUAUAGGAAUGGAUAUGAAAUGUUAAACAAGAGAAAGUGAAAUGUUUGGUUUUUCUAUUAAAUUGUUAUAUUGUCAAGAA